AUGUGUGCGAUCGGGGUGAACUCAUUGCUGACCGGAUACUUCUGGAUGAUCGGCGCAAAUUACUGUUUAAUGCCCCGCUUGAUGUAUGUCGCUGGAUCUGCCGGGCUGGGUUUAUGGUGCGGCGCAUGUAUGAUUUGCUUCGUUCUAGUCAUCAAUCGGCUGCUCGAUCUUUGGAAUAAGCAGGUGAUGCAAAUGCUGUUCAAGGACGCGCGCACCUACGUCGUUCUAUUAGUCCCGUUAUCCUACAGCCUCUAUUUCAUACUUUUCACUCAGCCUCUGUUGUUCAAUUCGGAUCACACAGCAUGGUUCUUCAGCACGUUUGCUGAUAAACAUGGCAUUGACGAGGUGUGA